AGGUUUUCAAUGGUGAAUUUUCACUAAAAACUGUCUAAAUCAUAAAAAAUUCAUAUCUUGCAAAAGCUUUGGUUUAUAAGCCUAAAAGUGUCGCAGUGAGUAGACAACAUCUAUUUACAACUAUGGUGUAAAUUUCCGACUCCUAGCUGAUCAUGGUCGUGAGCUAUUAAUUAAUUAUUAUUAAUGGCAUUUUCAUUAAUUAACUCAUAUCUCCGUCAAAAAGGCGCAUGGGCCCAAACUAACUGCGGGUUUUUCAUUACUGACCAUUCCCUACAUGAUGAAAAUAGUCUGAGUCGAAAAGCUUUUAAUCACCUCGAGAGGUUCCCUCGUCAGUAAAAGCACACUAUUUCUUUUAUUGUACUAAUUGUUGUUUAAACAUCUCUCCUUUGAUUUGUACAUAUCAAUACUGCUUUCAAUAGACGAAAAUAACUUCCUGAUUUUUAAUUAUUCUUUUACAGAAACUGCUAGUUACGGUUGCAGAUAUGCACCAUUAUAAAAUCUGACAGAUUUAAGAGGUGGAAAUGGUAAAAUUGUUUAAUUGUAAAAUUAGAUUUCUUUUAAAUUCUGACAAGAAAUAGAAAAGUUAGUUUUACGUCAGAAGAAGCAAGACUUCUCGUGGAAAAAAUUAAUUAAUAAAAAAACUAAUUUAAAGAAAGAACAGGCAAAUUGCUUAGCUUAGAUAAGAAUCUUACAUCUAGGACAAAUUUAAGUUGGAUGUUCAGAAACAUUUUCAGUUCUCCAACUUAAGUACAUUUUAAAGUCAGACAAGUAGCGUAGAUUAAGUCUAAGUUAACAAACUUCAUUUAAGACUUUUUGUGAAACAAUUCCCAGGACUUAUCUCGCCCUUGGAACUUCUCCACUUUAGUAUUUCUUGUCACAUCAGGUUUUAUAUCUUUCAUAAGAAAUUAAACUUGAGCCCAAAACCAGAGAUUGGCAACUUGGAUCUAAAGAUGGGCGCCGUAUAAUUCAAUUCACAUAAAAAACGUUUUUUUACUUAACAAGUCUAAAAAUACUUUAUAACAAAUGUUUAUUACAUUUCAAAUACGUUAACAAAGUUAGAUUUUUUGACGUAAGCCGCGCACGAUGAGAACGCAUCAAAAAACCGCUUUGAGAAAAUAUUCUCUCUAUCGGCGCAGAUGUUGCAGGGACAGACAGAAACAUUUUAGCAUGUUUGAGUAAAAUAGGAUAUUUAUUUUGUUUUUGAAAGAUAAGCCUUAUCUUUCAAGAACAAAAUAAAUUUUAGCAGAAGAAGGUAUUGAUUCAAACCUUAUCUGAUAAAGUUUGAAUCAAUACCUUCUUCUGCUAAAAAUUCCUCAAGUUCAGUAAGUAUUACUGUAUUUGUAGUUGUAACUUUUUUCGGGGCAUUAAUUAAAUAUGAAAACAACGACUUUGUCUUUUUACAUGAUGAAUCAUUGCUAAUUGUUUCUGCUGAUUCCUGAAUACGUACUUCCGUAACAAUUCUUCCACCUAAAAUUUGACUAGUAUAAUUAAGAAUCAGGUCUUCAAUCCUCUCAUGUGAUGAGAUGUUCUACUUAGGAUAUUCUCAAAUCUCUCUGUCUCUCUCUCUCUCCCUCUGAUAAUAUAUAACAAAUAUGUUUAACAUCUUCAUAAUAAUGUAAAGUUGUACGUGACUGACUCGAAAGUGACUCCACUCAGUUUAUCAAGAUUCUCGAGUCUUUCGAUAGAAAAAGCAUCUUUUAGAUAGAAAAAUCAAUUCUGAACACGAUGGUGUGUGUUUCUGAUUUUUGACAAACAAUGAAGUACAUUAAAUUUUGAAUGGAUAGUCGUGCUUGAGGUUCUUGAGCUAUCAUCGGAUUUUCCAAAGAUCUCUUAAAAACCUGCUGUCGAAAAAGAGUUUUGAAAUUUUUUCUGUUAACAAAAGAAGUAAUUCAGUCUUCUCUUUCCAGUGGUAAAGAGUCGAAAUCUCUAGCUGUUCUUGUUUUUUCAACUUAUUCAAAAAACAAUCGAGAGCACUGAUUUUUUCGAUAACAGUAAAAGAGAAGAAACAGGUAUUGUAGAGAAUCCACUUCCCUAGGAAACCGUUUUUUGGUCUGUCUAAACGCUAUUUAUGUACUUCUUUAAAUUCAACAUAUUUCGAACCCUCUACGUUAGAAAUUUGCCUUUAUUCGGUUAUGUUAAAGUCACACAAGAAAAAACAUGUUCUGCUUUUGACCUAAAAAAACACAAAACAUGGUUAUAUGAUUUUAUUUUGACAUCUUAUCGAUAGAAAAAUCAAUUCUGAACACGAUGGUGUGUGUUUCAAAAUUUUGACAAACGUUGGUAAGUCGGCUAACGGGUGAAACCGAAGUAAGGUCGAAACCACCAGAGUUUUUCAAAACUUAAAACUAAUUUUUUGUUACUCAGCUCGAUGUCCUCUAUCCAACCAUGUAUAAAUAUAUUAAAAAGAAAAGUCAUGGAAACUUGAGUGUGUAGAGAGUGUAUGUAUUUAUAUAUGUUAUUUUAGAAACCUUGAAUAUCACUGACACAUAUAAUAACACAUCACCGCAUUCUGAUUGUGACUGAUAAUUCCUUCCUCCAAAUUUCUCUUUAUGGAUACCACAAGGUGAGGAAGUUCUAUUGGAAUAUGUGGUUUCGGUAAACGACAAGUGUGUUCUCCAACGGAUUUAUUUAUGACAUCAUCAAAUAAUAUCUUAUACAUUGUUGAUUCUGGCAAUAGACGUGUUAAAAAGUAUAUUACUGGAGAAGACAGUGUCUCAACUAUUAUUAGUCAAGGUUUAUUUAAACCAACAAGUAUUUAUGUUAUAUGUGACGAUCAAAUUUAUAUUCUUGAUUCGACGAACGAUGAGGAAUUGAUAGAGAGGAGUUGUAUCGUAAAACUGUGGACAACGUCCUCUAAUGAAGGUCGAAUUAUUGCGAAAGAAGUGAAAGGAAGUAUAUGCUACAAUCUCUAUUUAGAUCUCGAUCGUAAUAUUUAUCUUUCAACAGAAAACGACGUUCGAAAAUGGUUUGCACCAACGUUGAUGACCGUUUUAGUUUGUAUUACUACCAUUCGAAGAAACGCUCCAUACAAAAAUGGAUGUAUCACAGUUCAAUGGGUUUAA